AUUCGUGCAGAGAAAUCAGAAAAUGUGUAAGAAGAGAGGCAAUAUAAGACCGGGAGCUCUGUUAUGAGGAAGCGUCUUUGUUAGGUGCUUCCAGACCAGCAGAGGUCUCUGUGCUUGUGGGGCUGCAGCUGGAGAAUGAGGCUUUAUCCAUUUUUUUUGUUUGUGGCUGUCUCACUUUGGGCUAAGCUGCAAACCACAGUAGCAGAUUGAUUGAUGCUCCACAGCUCUCAGCCUCUACUUGUGGCUCCCACCACAUGUUUUUCCCAGGAAGAGAAGCAAGAGGAUAAUUGCACAAGAACAUAUAACCAGUAUGAGGGUCACAGGCAUCCUUCUGAUUGUUUGGCUGUCAUUGAUGCAGUCCCACGCUUUCCUGGACAUAUCAGCUGUAGUGGGUGGACCCAUGACUCUUCCAUGUACUUGCUCUGGUGUAGUUAAGUGGACCAUCUUCUCUCCCAUUAAAGCCUCCAUUGCUGAAUGUCACCAUGGGGUAUGUGAGAUUAAAUCACCCUUUCAGAAAAGAUUUUCAUUCUUCGGCAAUACCAGCAGUGGAAAUUUCUCCAUAAGCAUCAGUUCCACACUCUACAACGAUCUCGGCAAUUACCUCUGCACCUGUAAUGGAAAAGACGAUAGUAAAGUUAAACUACAGGUUUAUGACCCUAGGAUUGUGAAGGCUACUGAAGGGUCUAACACCACCCUCCCAUGCUACGGAGACACUCGGCUUGAUGCCAGAGAUGUACAGUGGAAGAAAGAAGGGGAAAAAUUGCUUGAGUAUGCUCAUGCAAAGCCCAAUGAAGCCUCAGCAGGCAGAUUUUCAGUGUCUCAACAAGGUUUUCAAGAUGGCGAUCUCUCACUCCACAUCAGUUUAGUUAAACUGUCUGAUGCUGGAUUUUAUCUGUGUGUCAUUCAUGGUGAAUCUCGUGAGGGAGACCCACGUGCUGUUGUGCUGGAGGUGGAAAAACCCCAACCGGAGCAACAAUCACCCACAUCUGACAGCCACAAACCGGAGCACCAACCACCCACAUCUGACAGCCACAAACAAUAUCUAGGCUUAGGGUUAGGAUUAGGAAUAGGACUACCACUACUGCUAUUGUUCUUUGCUGUCAUCAUUAGAGUGAUUUAUAAGAUAUUUAGCCAACCCCAAGAGGAGACACCCACCAAAUCUGUUGAAGAGGAAUACCCAAUGGUAUCAAAGAAUUCAACAACACAGAUUUUCCAAGACUAGUUCAUACUUAAAGAUCUGCCACAAUGCUUUUUGAUCAUUUAUAAAAACAGGAAACAACAGUUUAUAUUUAGGAUGAGAAAUUUUUUAACACCACUGCCAUGUUGCAUUCUGUCCUUGCAAAGAUCUGAAGCAGUGAUUUCUUUAAAUGGCAAUUGAAGAAAUUCCAUUUAAGACCCGACUCACAACACGUGUACUGUCUCAAUUACUCUAAAAGGGUCGUGCUGGAGUCGGGACUAGCUAUAAAACAUUAAGCAGGACCAUCAGUCUAGCAGUGUUACUCAUUGCGCGGUUCGUGAGCCUCCUGCGGCUCGCCAAGCUUUAAUAUGCGGCUCGAGAUGAUAUGAUCAUGUGGUUAAAAUUUAUUUUUCAUUUAAAUAACAUUAAAAACAAUCAGGGAAGCAUAGAAAAAACAAAUGUGCUCUAUUACAAAUACAUAUAUAUAUAUAUAUAUAUAUAUAUUAUUUGACUCGUCACUGACUCACUGCAUUCUGCGCAAUAGCCAGUUUUUGGUGGCCUGCCAGAAGCUAGUUUGUGUUUCAUGCUAGUUAACAACUUGUGUUUACUGUACACACACGGACUAAAAAAUUGGAUCGAUUUCUUAUCAAACAAUCCAGCGCACAAAAUGAACAGCAACAAAGCAAUGUGACAGUGACAAAAGAGGUAACUGAUGGGGUGCAUGCAUCAUCCGCAACUCGAGUAAUUAUUGUAUUGCAAUAUUGUACAUUGUAUUUAAGCAGAUAAGCUAUUUAAGACUGAAUAACUUGGCAUAGUUUGCGGUGAAAGUGACUCUCCUAUUGACUUUGUCCUAUCAGUGUGGCUCACAUGAAAAAAAUAGUGAAGACCACUGGUCUAGCAGAAAGCAAAACUACGUACAAGCAUAAUGGUAAAACAUGCCCCCCUACAGCCAUGCUGAAUUUCUUCAAUUGUCAUCGCACUUCAUUGACACCCUGGGCCUGUUACAGCACGUGUACUGUCUCAAUUACUCUAAAGGGUCGUGUUGAAUAUGUCCAGGGUGUCAUAAUGAAGAGGUGAUGAAUUCUCUUUUUCAAAGCACCUCAAGCUUUCUCUUGUAAUGCUUUUUAAUGAACACAUCUCUCGUUUUGACAAAUUAAAUAUUAUACUUGUAUUACACUUAAACAUUUUGAAAUACUCAGACCAGCCCGUCUGGUACCAACAACCAUGCCACGUUCAAAGUCACUUAAAUCACCUUUCUUCCCCAUUCUAAUGCUCGGUUUGAGCUGCAGCAGAUCGUCUUGACCAGGUCUACAUGCCUAAAUCCAUUGAGUUGCUGCCAUGUGAUUGGCUGAUUAGAAAUUUGCGUUAAUGAGCAGUUGGACAGGUGUACCUAAUAAAGUGGCCGGUGAGAGUGGGUGUAUGUGUAUAUAUUUAGAAUAAAUAUUAUUACCUAAUAGCGAAAACACUUUAAUAGUGUCAGUUAGCUCUUCUUUUUACCAUAAUUAUCCUAUUCUAAUUACAACACCACAGGUAUAAAUUGAUAGAAAAUGUUAAAUCUUAAAUGGUGAUGUUGCCCAAAAAACAGAAUUUGAGCUAGACACUGAUAUUUAUACACUGCUUAGAGACUUUGUGCAUUUAACUACUCAAAGAAUAAAUAAACCUGUUACAAUAAAAUAAAACCUAUUAACAAUAUUAGGGCAACCCAAUGCUUUAGAAGCUAUUUUUCUUCACUGAGGGAAGAAAAGCUUGCUUACAUAAAUGUAUUAAACCUAUUUGUUUUUAUUUUACAUUUACUAUGUUAUACCAACUACAGCACAUUAUUUACUAUUGUCCUAGAAGAUGCAUGAGUAUUUCUUCCCAUUUUAAUGGUUACUACUAUUUGUUGUGUAAAAUAAUAACUGUAACAAGUAGGGGCUCUAAUCCAUGAUAAAAACACAACAGCAUCAUUUAGUUGUGAUGCAAAGGGAUCCGCAGUGUCUUACACACAGAGGAAAACGUAAAGAAUAAUAUUCUGUACAUGUAAAUGUAUGAAUAUAUUCAGAUCGGCUCACAAACUACAAAGAGCCGACUCAAAGAGCCGACUCGUCCGCAAACACCACACCAGUUGUUUCUACAUCAUAAACAUAUACCUAAGGUUUGAGAAACCCUAGACGUAAUUAAAUCUGAAUUAGCUCACGUAUAUCGUGUAAUAACGGGUAAGUAAAAUGGAAAUAGCUUAAUAUUUCAUAAAUUACAGCCGUUAGCUAACCAAUUAGCAACAAAAAAUUAGCAUUAACUAACUUACCUGUUUAUUACUUACCAGCUACAUACAGCUCGUGGGACCAAAUGUAAAAUAAUAAACUAUUUCGCUUUCUUUAUAAUCUUCACAUUUAUGUUUAUUGAAAGCAUUAGUAAUUGUACCAGGUUUGCUGUAGCAAUAUUUGAAAAAUAACUUAGGAUAACUUAAAACUAAUUAAGAUAAGCGUCGUAAUUGGACCAAUCACUAGCGUCCUCUAAAUCACGUGACCAAAUUAACCCUCUCCUAGCACCUGUUGUGAUCUGUGGCGUAAUAAUAGUGAGUCAAAAACACGUGGUAUUUUUGUGAACGUUUUAAAAUAUACUCUAAACUGCAACCUUAAACGGUGUGCUAUGAGAUGCUUUUCUGCUCUGUUCUUAAUACUAUAUCCUUAUAAUAAUUACUAAACCUUGUUGGGCUACUUAAAAAUAAAGACAAAAUAAUCACACUAAACAUUACCAUUCAUUUUAAAUGAGGUGAUCAAAAAGAAUCUACAAUGAUUAAGUACCACUUACCAUAUAAUUUAGUCCAAAAAUUUGAGCAAUGAAUAAUUCUGUAUUUUUAAGUCAACAACCAUUAGCAAACCAACCAUGUGUACAAUAAUUCACAGUACUGGCUUAUAGAACUAAGACUGGUCAUCUUUGGGCUCAUCAUGUUAAUAUGCUGGACUGAACAUUUCUCCAAUUUGCAAGGCAAAAACAUUAUUAGUAACAGGUGAAGCUAAAAUGGACGUUUUGCAACCUCACUGGCAUGUUACUCAAUUCCUAAACACAUAUCCAGAUGGCAGCAGCCAUCCUUUUUAAGACAAAACAUACAUGUUAUUAUUCAUUCAUAUUAUACAAUGUGUGUGUAAUAUGUAUAUAUAUAUGGUCGUAUGCCCCUUUUUUCUUUUAUCAACAAUAGCAAUGUUUUUGGAUGGCAUAAACAAAUGUAGGAUGUUACUGUAAAUAUAUUGCAGUAUGUCUCUAGAAAUAAUAAAA